CAUGAAUGGGCCCGUCAAUCGUAAAGUAUAAAUUACAACUCGUAGUAUAACAGAAGUGAAACGUCGGAGAGACAAGUAAGACGCAGACAUCGGACAUCAUAUUAAAUAAUUGGAGGACCAUAAACUCUCGGCCAUUUUAGCCAUGCGCAGUGAAUCGAGCGUAAAAGCACUACGGACUUGUCGCUGCUCGUUCGCAGCCAAAUUCACGGGAACCGUUGGAAGAUUGGUAGAGAAAAAAGAGAAGGAUAAAAGAGUAGCAUUAAAGGAGCAAGAGGAAGAAGACGCGGAGGAAACAAGAAGGGAGUGUUUUGAAUGUGAAGGAGAAUCAGUAACGUGUGUUAUUUAGGCGCCAAGUAACCUCUAUGCUGUACUAAUGAACGUAUCAAAGUCUCGUUCGGUUACUGGUGCGGGAGUACAAGUGUACGAGAGAACAUAGAAAUCUAUUACAGGAGCGUGAUUUGAAUGAGUGUGACGUAACCAAAGUACAAAUAGCGCAUAUCAACAACGAAUAUUUUUUCAUAAAAGAUACAACGAAUGAUAGUGAACUGUAUUUAAGUUUUACGGGAAUAAAUCGCGCUCGGAAUCGCAGGGACGCUCCACAGUUGUACACGGUAAACGGAUAUACUCUCGUGAGAAUAACUCUAUUGUAUUAUUUUAUCACGUAUAGCAAUUCCCUGCACUCGGUACGAGGUGUCAAGUGUUGUGUUUGUUCCGUGGCAGUUGAGUGCGUUUUUCACGAAUAUUCGCAGAAGGUGGUUGUAAACUAGGAAACAUAAAAAAAGAAACAAUGGCUUCCGAUUGUGUCGAUGGUGAUUACCUGGGUGCGUAUCGGUGUUUCUUCACGGAUUUUCUUGCCAGUGUUAAUCCUCAGGAUCAACUUCCAGUGAGGUUGAGCAGCAACGACCUGACCGAAGCAGAGAUCGUUGGUGAGAUCAUCGACGUGACAUUGCAGUAUAUCAAUCAAAAAUCUUGCCCACCGAGCUUACAGUCCUAUAUUGUGCGCCUGGUGAUACAAGAGAUUCAGACUCUUUGUAAAAAACAGCCUGAACUCUGCGGCUGGAAACCUGAAGAGAACACAUACGCAUCACUGAAACUAAUGCAAGCAGUGACAAGCAAGGUCAAUGAGAUCUGCUCACGUUAUUUGGACAAUAGCAGAUUAGCAUUAUUACCUCCUCCACCAUCUACCCCAAUGCCGCGGGUUUCGGCAUAUUGUAUUAAGAAUUGCAGAAGAAAAAUGGAAGACCGUCACGUUGUAUUACACGACUUGCACAUCAUAUUCAGUAUUUCGGAUGACUCUCCGGCCAGUUAUUAUGCAGUAUUCGACGGACACGGUGGUCAAGAAGCAGCUGCUUAUUCUUCUACCCAUCUUCAUCAGUAUUUAGUGGAAAGCACGUAUUAUCCCAAGGAUCCAAUUCGUGCCUUACGCGACGCUUUCGUUACGACAGACGCACAUUUCAUUGAGAAGGCGAAUAAAUAUAAUCUCAAUGGUGGUACUACUGCAGUUUGUGCUUUAUUGCUCAAUGGCAAAUUAUAUAUUGCAUGGGUCGGGGAUUCCCUGGCGACACUGACAUCUCACGGCAAAACGCGUCACCUCGUUAAUCCGCAUAAACCCGAUCGGACGGACGAAACUAAGAGAGUGAGCGACAUGGGUGGAUUUCUGGUGCAUUAUGGGACUUGGCGUGUAAAUGGUCAUCUUAGCGUUUCCAGAGCUAUAGGCGACGUCAAGUACAAACCCUGCGUAACGGCUGAUCCGGAAAUACUUUGCGUCGAUCUCAACGGCACCGAGGACUUCCUGAUCAUCGGCUCCGACGGCUUCUGGGAUGUGAUCAACGAGGUCCAUGCGUCUCAUAGAAUUUAUCAGGCCGUCCGGGAGAAUCCUUCUAGUGCAAACGUCAUAGCCGAGAAAUUGGUGCUCGAGGCGAAGUCAUUGAGGUCGCGCGACAACAUCUCGGUGAUCGUCGUCUUCCUGACGGAUCCCGUGGAAAUAAGCUCGAGGCCCGACGAUUCCCAUGAGCUGCUCGCCAAGUCGAAUAUCUACGCGACGUUUCUUCUAGAGACAAAUCCGCAGUUUGCAGAGAUGACGGACGCCUAUUGGAAGCAGCCGGAACUAUUGGGCGAGGAGAAUCGUUGCUUCUACGAGGCACCGAGCAACGGGAAGCACGCUAAUAAUGCGCCCGAUUACGAGGACGAGGACGAGGACGAGGAUCUUGGUCCGGAGACGAACGUAGACGCGGUGGACGAGGCCACCGAGAAAUGCACGAAGCUCGAGGAUCUCUCUCGUGAACUUUUCAAGGAAAAGACGGACGAGAGAUUCGAGGUCACUCGGGACGACGACGACGACGACUCUCCGCCGUCGCCUGGAAUCAAAUCCAGUCAACAUGUAUUGAUUCCUGAGGCGGAUAAUGUAGCGGAUAGCGAGGACUCUGAGGACGAGUGGAAUUAUUAUAAAGUCGACCCGAACAAGGAAAAGGAUUCUGCUCCAGAUCCUGUUAAGGAGAGUAGUGAACCUAAGGACGAAAUAAAGGAGAGAGAGUAUCCUGUGUCUCUUGAAGAAGAUCAGGAAAGACUGCCUGAAAGGGAAAUAGAAUUUGGUGGAUCCGGCGACAUAUUCGAGAAGGAAAAGGAAGCUGAUUCGCCUGAGCUUAUUGAAACCGAUAUUUGCCCAGAGGAAACUUUACGAGAAGACUCUGCAUCUACGCAGCAGCAGCAUCAAGAAGCGCUGGACGAGAUGGAUUUCCAAUUGAAUCCAAAUGCGGCUGAGUUCGUGCCGGUUUCACCUCCCAGACCUUUGCAGCAGAGGUUGAACAUCGGGCCAGACUUCCCAGUGUCAGGAUCGCCCUUGAAGAGGACACCCACGAUGGAUGAUAUCCCAGUGCCAAGUCAGGAGGAGUUCGAGGAGGAGAUCUGCCGACGACCCAGCGAGGUCGAGGAGAAGGAACCAUUGACUACGGAGAAUCUACAGCGUACAGAGUUCACAGACUACCUCGUGGAUAAGCAAAAGGCUUCGGGUGUUCCUGGUCCAGGUUUGGAUGUGUCUGAGAUAUCCUCGACCAAGGCCGAAUUCGGGGAUGAAUCGUCAACUAGCUUUAUGACUGCCACAGACUUCCACAAGACUGGCGUUUCUGUUAUGGACGAUUCAUUCGGCGGCUCCGAACGUCAGGAAUAUGAUAUCGCCCGCGACCCCAUGGCCAUGUCAUUCACACCGGCUGAUUUCGAAGCGGCUUUCGAGAAGAGUGUCGACCUCAAUGCCGUUCACGAUCUCCACGACGCCGACUUGGUUGGAUGUCAGAAUGGAUUUGUUCCUGAAGAUCGUCCUGUGGCACAAUCACCAGACAUUCAUCUGGAGUUGGCUACUCUCAUCACGCCAGAGACAGAUCAUCCCCCGCAUACGGAACCCUUCCCGGAUCCUCACACUGACAGUCUGCUAGACGUUUCGUCGCCAGCCGAUCACCAGGAGGUUUUAGAGUCUACACUCAUCGAUGGAAAGGAAUCUCGGACGCGAGAUACAUCGAAGAUUCUCGAUAUCGAAUUGGAGAGGCACUCGUCGACUGAUCAGAACUUUGAGAUGCAAGUAACGGAACAGACUUCAGAGUCAGGCGCUCCGGUGCCAGAGUCGGAGCUGUUUAAGCUAGAGGCUAGUCCGGUUCCUGAUUUGAAUCAGGAUCUGGCGAAACCUCUUGGUAAUGGUGUUGAUUUCGAUUUGCAUCAGAAUCCUUCUGAAAGUGCCGAAACUCCAGAUAUCAUUACCAUGGAGGCCCAGGAAGUGCCGGAGACACAUCAGCAGGAUAUCAUGGAUAUUCAGAGUCUAGUCUCAUCCACUCAACAGGCUACACCCGUCUCACCUGGACCGGAUACGGCAGAGACUGUAUCUCCUCAACCAUUGGAGCCUGAAAUCUCCUCACCUAUAUCCCAGGAUGAGCAGAUUUGUACCUUACCACGAGAGGAGUCGUACUCAUCUUACUUUAAGACUUCUCCACAACCUAUCCCUGUAGCACCUUUCGUUACAGAGAGUCCAGAGUUGAAAGUCCAAAGUGAAGAGACUAUUGAAAAACAGCAUGUUGCUCCGGAAGUUGAUGUCAUGCAGAAUCCUUUGGACUUGAACGUGCAAUCAGUGUCUUCCGCAGACACUAUCAAGUCGGAACUCGAAACCAGUGGUGAUAUUGAUUUCGCAGAAAACUGGAAUAAAAAAUUCGAGACUAUCCAGAAUCCGUUCAUGACGGAAACGUUCUCCUCGCCUCUAGCAGAUGCUGUACCACAAGAAGCGCCUGUACAAGAAUGUCCGUUCAAGAUUAGCCAGCAUGAUUCGUCUAAAGAAGUACCUCCUCAGGAAAUUGACAAUAAAGUUACUCAAUCAGAGGACCAUCUCUUAUUUUCUAUUACUGCCGAUAAUAAGGGACCACAGGAAAAUGGAAUUCAGCAGAUCGAAGUUGCCAAAGUAGAUGAACUCACGCCCAAGCACGGUAUUAUUGAUAGUAACUUUCACCAUAUCGAAACGCACAAGGAGGAUAUCUCGAGCAAGAUAUCUGGGCUGGACCUAUCCGAGUCUCUACAAGAGUUCACCGGACUGGAAAAGGAAUUGGAACCUGAACAGAUCGAAAUUGAAAAAGUAAACUCUCAACACGUAUCGGUAGACGCGGCAGAGGAAGCCGUUGAGGAAGCAAUUGUUCCAGAAGUUGCUGCAAAAGAAGCUGCCAAGCCGCUCGAACCAGUUGCACCGAGUGUACACGAGGAGAAGGUGAUCGUAGAGGAUGUACCAAAGGAUACACCUAGUCCAGGAGCAAUUCAAGAAAUAGUAACAGUACCCAAGAUACCCGAAGUGAAUGUAGAGGUUCCAAAAGACACUCUACCGUCAGCAGCAGCGGAACCAGCUGAAGAAAAGUCCCAGGCAGGGACUGCGGUAGCAGCCGUAGCUGCAGCAGGAACGGCAGCAGCUGUGGCAGCGACUGCCGCGACACGUGGGACAAAGACAAGCAAGGCAAAACCAGCGCCAAAGGGUACCAAAGCUCCAGUAACCUCAAAACCUGCACUGAAGUCCAGCCCGACCUCGCCAGUAAAGAGUCUAACUCCCAAGACAACGAGCACUGCCGCCAAGAAGCCUCCACUAAGUACUGUCUCCCGUCCUAAGCAGCUGGACGCUAAAUCGAGCCCAUCCAGCACCGUGACUAAGACCGCACUAUCACCCAAGCCAAACCCCCCGAAGGCAGCCUCGUCUCGUCUCAGUGCGACCGGGCCCAAACCGAAGACAGGGACAACCACCAAACCCCCGGCACCAUCCACAGACAAGAAAGCGACACCCAACGGUGACGUGAAGCCACCUGCUAAACCUGCAGCUUCCAGACUGACCGGUAAGCCCGCGGCCAGCACCACGGCGACGAAGAGCACCCUAGUCAAAUCAUCAACGACUUCACGACCGAUGUCUGGGACAUGUGCCCCCAAGCCCAGACCCACGUCUGCUGCACCGGCGAGCAAACCACUAACCAAAGGUACCACCGGUACCACUUCAACCGCAGCAGCACGUCCAAAGACUGCUCCCACUACCAGCACUGUAACCAAGACACGUCUGUCCGCCACCAGCUCUCCGGUAACGGACAAACAGAUUAAGGAAACAGCAAACAAACAGAUUUCCUCAGCGCGCACCAGCUCCGUCUCCGCUACGAAAACUGCUCGCGCUACCGGGACUACCACCACGAGUAGCAGCACGAGCAGCACUACUAUCAAACGUACGGCGGGCAAACCGACGACUGGAUCGUCUCCGCCGGCAAGGAAACCGGCACCCAUCACCAGACCCGGAGCCAAGUUCUCAGCGACCACGAAGCCGAGCACGAAGAGUUCUGUAACGGCUGGCAAGAGCACGACGACUCAGGUCAUUCAGAAUGGCGUCUCCGAGCUCCAGGAGUCGAAGACGACAGUGACGACCACGACAACGAGCAAUAACAUCGAAGAGGACGUUCCCAAGAAGGACGUCUCUCCCGUCGCUCCGCCGAGCGACAAUCAGCUCAUCAUGGCCGCUGAUUGAAGAGGCACCUUUUUCUUUUCGUCGAAGAGCGAAGGGCGCAAAGGGAAACUUCGUUGCCCGGAGGAAUCUUAACGCGAGAACAAGAAAGUAAAAAUGGGGAGGGAUACGAAAAUCCAAGGAUUGUGCGAUCGUUUGACGGGAUAGGGACGGAGGAGGGAUUUUUGAAGACAAAAAUGAAUUUAAAAAACGGAAAGCUUAAAGAUAGGAAGAGUGUGAACGUUCCCCAGUCGUAUACAGAGAAUCUGAUUAUUAGCUUGCGCCAAUGUAUGUUGCACCAAUAGUUUUCUUAUGAGUUUUCAAAGUUUUGAAGAAAAAAAACAAAAUGCAAAAAAAAAACAAUGGUAAUAUCCGACGCAUCCACAAGUAGUAGAUAGGGAGAAACUAAAUCAUAAAUUUCUAUUAUACUUACGUAAUAAUAAAAAUAAUAUAUAUAUAUAUUAAAUAAAAGAUCUAUCUACCUGUAAUAAGGGGAGAGAGAGCAUACCUACUACAAUACUAUCGCUUGACUGCUUCGGUGUGCUGUGACAGAUGCAUUGGAACUUAACGUGAGAUGAAUAAUGGGAGUGGAUUUAAAGGAAAAUGACAAAAAAAGAAAUUGAAAUUCUAAUUAUUAAACUUCGAGUACUUGGCAUUGACCAGGAAGCAACGACAGUACCAAGAUUUCGAAUAAUUUUCUUAGUGUGUAUAUAAUCGGGCGUUAUCCAUUACGAUAGUUGUCGAGUAUUCGCUAAGGAAAACAAAAAAGAAGGAAUUAUUAUUGGCUGGAGAUCGAUCUGGUGCUCAUCCGUUUUUUCGUUUCUUAAUUUUUUUUUUUUUUUAUAUUCUGACAGUUUCAUUUGUUUUCUUACAUGAAAAAAGAAUCGCUCGACGCGACAAACCUGUAAUUGUCAUUCGGUUGACUUGAAAUACAAGAAAAUUCUUUUGCUUUCAAACUUAGUUGCCCUUACGAGGGUGCGUGUAGCGAAGGAGAAGUAUGUACGAUAAAGAUUGAAGAAAAGGGAGGCGCGAAUUGGUAAAAAAAAAUAGAGGAAGGAUAAAAAGUAAAAGGGAAAAAAAAACCGGACAAGAGUCGCCGGGUAUUACUACUACCUUAUUAUUAUAACCUAACAAUGCUGAACGAUUUUUUAUUUUUUAAUUUUAUAUGUGCAUUAUAUAAUUGAUAAUGUUUAAAUAAUCGUACUUUAUAACUACCUAUUUAUUUCUUUCCUUUUUUUUCCUUCUUUUCUCCCUUUUUUGUUCCUAUUUCUGAAGUUGAGUACAUAUACGGAUUCGUCACCAACAUAUUAUAUACGUACGAACAUCUACUGUACAGCACCUUUAUGAUUUAAUGUGAUAACUUUAUUAAUAAAUAAAUUCGAGCAGUAUAAAAA